AUGACAAAUGCUCUGAGAUGCAUAAUGCUUUCUGAAAUAGCUACUAUAGCAGCUAUUGAUAUUGUAGAAUUUGAACCAAACACUUCUGUGUUAGCAGAUGAAUUCAUUGCACAUCAUUUAGAUUUAAUACCAUUAAACAGCACUGAAGCUGAAUAUUCUAGGCCAGCUUCUGUUCAAUGCUUGAUUUCCAGUAACGCAAAGCUGAAGUUUUCUCACUAUUUUUGUUUUUCGCUGUUAAAUAAAUCAAAUUGUUAG